GAUUCCAACCGUUGGCGAGGAAUGAGAGACUUUGUCAUCGUCUUUAGCUCCUCCUCCGCCAUAACUAAUCCUCACCAUCACCACCGUCGCUGUUACGCCACCGCACCAGAACCCAACCGAAAAGCUAAAUCCAAUUCUUCUUUCACCAAGCUACUCCCGUCACUACCUCAGCAACACUCACCUUCUCCUGCUCCAGUUUCCGCGAGUCAUUCUCUCUCUAAUCACUUCUCUAAGGUCGUAAGAUGGAUUCCAGAUGGCUCGUUGGAGUAUUACGCUGAUUUCGCCUCGAAGCUCGCUGAGGAUGGCCGAAUUGAGGACGUCGCUCUCAUCGCCGAGACCUUGGCUGCAGAGUCCGGAGCUAAUGUGGCACGUUUCGCUUCCAUGGUUGAUUAUGAUCUCUUAUCGAAAGGGAUUUCGUCGAAUCUUCGACAAGGUAAGAUUGAGAGCGUUGUUUACACUUUGAAGAGGAUUGAGAAGGUAGGGAUUGCUCCAUUGGACCUUGUCGAUGAUUCGUCUGUGAAAUUAAUGAGGAAACAGUUUCGUGCAAUGGCUAACUCUUUGCAAGUGGAGAAAGCUAUUGACUUAAUGGAGAUACUUGCUGGUCUCGGAUUCAAAAUCAAAGAGCUGGUGGAUCCUUUUGAUGUUGUAAAGAGUUGUGUUGACAUUUCCAAUCCUCAAUUAGCUAUUAGAUACGCAUGUCUUUUGCCGCAUACAGAGAUAUUGCUUUGUAGAAUUAUUCAUGGUUUCGGAAAGAAAGGAGAUAUGGUCUCUGUUAUGACAGCAUAUGAAGCCUGUAAACAGAUUCUGGAUACUCCUAACAUGUAUAUAUGCCGCACCAUGAUAGAUGUUUGUGGCCUGUGUGGUGAUUACGUUAAAUCGAGGUACAUAUAUGAGGAUCUUCUCAAAGAAAAAAUUAAGCCAAACAUUUAUGUUAUGAACAGCCUAAUGAAUGUUAAUUCCCAUGAUCUUGGGUACACACUAAAAAUAUACAAGAAUAUGCAGAAACUUGAUGUUACAGCUGACAUGACAUCCUACAACAUACUACUGAAAACAUGUUGCCUGGCUGGACGGGUUGAUCUUGCCCAGGACAUAUACAAAGAAGCAAAGCGAAUGGAAUCUUCCGGACUUUUGAAGUUGGAUGCCUUUACAUAUUGUACUAUUAUAAAGGUUUUUGCAGAUGCAAAGAUGUGGAAAUGGGCACUCAAAGUCAAAGAUGAUAUGAAAUCUGUUGGUGUAACCCCAAAUACUCAUACAUGGUCGUCAUUAAUUAGCGCCUGUGCCAAUGCAGGUUUAGUAGAGCAGGCAAACCACCUAUUUGAAGAAAUGCUUGCAUCUGGUUGUGAGCCUAAUUCUCAAUGUUUCAACAUCCUACUGCAUGCUUGCGUUGAAGCUUGCCAGUAUGACCGAGCUUUUCGUCUUUUUCAAUCUUGGAAGGGAAGCUCAGUUAAGGAAGCGUUAUAUGCAGAUGAUAGUAAAGGUGGCAUUUCCAGCCAAAAUAGAUUGAAAAAUCAUGGUCCUGGGUCUUUGGUGAAUAGCAAUUCUAAUUCACCUUAUAUCCAAGCUUCAAAUAGAUUUUGCUUCAAGCCAACAACUGCUACAUAUAAUAUACUCUUGAAAGCCUGUGGUACCGAUUACUAUCGAGGAAAAGAAUUAAUGGAUGAGAUGAAAAGCCUAGGUCUUGCACCAAAUCAAAUAACAUGGUCGACUUUGAUCGAUAUGUGUGGAGGUUCAGGCGAUGUAGAAGGUGCGGUACGGAUUUUGAGAACUAUGCAUUCGGCUGGAACCAGACCUGAUGUUGUUGCCUACACAACAGCAAUCAAGAUCUGUGCGGAAAAUAAAAGUUUGAAGUUGGCAUUUUCUUUGUUUGAGGAGAUGAGGAGAUAUCAGAUCAAGCCAAACUGGGUCACUUAUAAUACACUUCUUAAAGCACGAAGCAAAUAUGGUUCUUUACUUGAAGUGCGGCAAUGCUUGGCCAUAUAUCAGGACAUGCGAAAAGCAGGGUACAAACCGAACGAUCACUUUCUCAAGGAACUUAUUGAAGAGUGGUGCGAAGGAGUCAUACAGGAAAACGGUCUGAGCCAAGAAGUAAGCGACCAAGAAGGAGAUGCAGGGAGACCUGUAAGCCUACUCAUUGAAAAAGUAGCUACACACAUGCAAGAGAGAACAGCCGGAAACCUUGCAAUUGACCUUCAAGGACUUACCAAGAUUGAGGCUCGACUUGUUGUUCUAGCAGUUUUGCGAAUGAUCAAGGAAGACUAUAUGCGUGGUGAUGUUGUAAUAGAUGAUGUGUUGAUUAUCCUAGGAACCGGUGAAGCAAAUUCCGAUUCAGGAAAACAAGAGAUUACUGUGAAAGAAGCGCUAGUGAAGCUUCUACAAGAUGAAUUGUCUCUCGUGGUUCUUCCUGCUGGACCAAAAAAUAUCAAACAGGAUGCACACUGUGUGGAUGAUGCAAAACAAGAUACAGUGCAUACGCUAGAGACCACUACGUCACUUGUCAGUAUAUCCUCAACAAGGAGACCUGCGAUUCUGGAGAGGUUGAUGGUGACAAAGGCGUCUCUGUAUAAGUGGUUGCAGCGCAAAAAGUAGCUGCUUCCGACUAGUACUUACUAAUCAAUCAUCUUUGUAUUU